ACGAAACCUUCGCUUGAAACGACCCACUACGUUAAAACCCACUUUAAAAACCUUGGCUUGGAAACGCAUACGGUGCCGUUUAAGACCCUUUUGUCUUACCCUCUUCGUGCUUCAGUUUCAUUGCAUUUCGACAACGGCACCGUGAUAAACUUGCCGUUAAACGAAAUUGGUAUUUCUAGUUAUGCUCCUUCAGGCUUGGUACAACCUUACCAUGCAUAUUCUCCAUCAGGAACGACGCAGGGUGAUGCUGUUUUUGUGAACAAUGGAACUGAAGAUGACUAUCGUGCGCUGGAAGUGAUGGGGGUUAACGUUAGUGGCUGCAUAGUGAUAGUUAAAAAAGGUGGUAGUUUGAGUAGAGGCGCUGCUGUGCAAAUAGCUGAAAAAAAAGGUGCUUUGGGGGUGCUAAUGUAUGCCGAAGGGGAUGUUUCAAGGGGUAGUUUCGGGUUUGGAGUUGAAAGAGGGACAGUUAUGAGGGGAGUUGGGGACCCUUUAACUCCUGGAUGGGCUGGGGUUGAAGAUGGGGAGAGGUUGGAGUUGGAGGACAAUAAGAUUUUGGACAGGUUUCCUGGAAUUCCAUCUUUGCCCUUGCCUUUUGAGAGUGCUCAGGUUAUUUUAGAGUCUCUUGGGGGUCCUGAGGCGCCUCAGAAAUGGAGGGAUUCCAGUCGAUCAAAGUUAUCCCGGGUUGGACCGGGUCAGGUUAUGGUCAAUUUUACUUAUCAGGGGGAGAAAAAGUUGGCAACAAUUCAUGAUGUAUUCGCUGUCAUACGGGGGUCGGUAGAGCGAGAUCGCUAUGUGCUUCUGGGGAAUCAUAGAGAUGCAUGGACAUAUGGAGCCGUAGACCCCAAUAGUGGGACUGCAGCCCUUCUUGAUAUUGCUCGAAGGUAUGCCCUUUUGAUGCGAAAGGGUUGGAACCCUCGAAGGACAAUUAUUUUCUGCAGUUGGGAUGCUGAAGAGUUUGGAAUGAUCGGUUCCACAGAGUGGGUUGAGCAGAACCUUGUGAAUCUUGGUGCAAAAGCUGUGGCAUAUCUUAAUGUUGAUUGUGCAGUUCAAGGGCCUGGAUUCUUUGCUGGGGCAACUCCUCAGCUAGAUGAUCUUAUUUUUGAGGUCACAAAGAAGGUCAAGGAUCCUGAUUCAGAUGUUGCUACAAUAUAUGACAAGUGGACAACCAUGAAUAGAAUCAGCUAUGUAAGGCGGCACGGUGUUCAUCUUUCUAAAUGUUAAAAUGUUCAUUUAUUUAGCUUGUACAUACAAUUUUAUAUACAUUGAAUCUGUAUGGUAUUGAUUGUCCUUUCCCAUUCAAUGAGUUUAAUUGUUGAUUAUGUAUAUCUCUCACAAAUUUCAUGUUUAUGCU